AUGUCCACUCAGUCUUACAAAGGCAAGGACGCGUAUGCGGGGGUCGGUGGUACCCCUGACAAGAUGGCUGUCUUCCAAGAGUGUCUUCAGCAGUUCAAUGCCCUGCCGGUGAACGCGAAGAAAUGUCGGCAAUUGUUGGCAACAUUGUUGCGUCUUCUUUACCAAGGUGAACUGUUUCCUCUGCUGGAACUGACGACUUUGUUUUUCAGCAUUCUGAAGUUGUUUCAGCAUAAGGACCUGCUGUUGCGGCAGUUGGUUUACUUGGCCAUCAAGGAGUUGCUGGAAACUUCGCAAGAUAUCUUGAUGGUUACGUCGCUGAUCAUGAAGGACAUCCAAGGAGGUGACUUGAUUUACAAACCCAACGCUAUCCGCACGCUUGCUAAGGUCUUGGAUUCUACCACUGUGUCACUGGCAGAACGAUUGUUCAAAAAUGCCAUUGUUGACAAAAACCCCAUCGUGCUGAGUGCGGCGCUCAUUUCGGCAUACCACUUAUUACCACAAGCUAAAGAUGUGGUUAAGCGCUUCACAAAUGAACUGUUGGAAGCUGUGCAACUGUACAAGCAGUUCCCACCUACUCAAUGGCAGCUUCAUGACUUUUACGGCGCGUCCACUGCCAACUUGCCCCUGACACUGUACAUGUAUCAGUUCCACGCUUUGGGAUUGUUACACCCAUUACGUAAUCAUGACAAAAUGGGGUUGAUGAAGUUGGUGACGUCGCUUUCCGAAGGUGGCCAACUUAAAAACUCGUUGGCCCUUAUCCAAUUGAUUCGGUACAUUUCGGAAAUUGUCACUAACGACCCGGCGUUGUUAAAUCACUUGUACCCUGCUCUUGCUCUGUUCUUGAAGCACAAGCUGGACAUGGUAGAAUUGGAAGCGUGCAAGACUCUUGUCGGUCUUGAGCGUCACUUGCUGGAAGACCAAUUCAUGAGCAUAAUCACCUGCUUGCAAAAGUUAUUGCUGGUACCACGGAUUUCAACCAGGUUCGCAGCUAUCCGUUUGAUCAACAAAAUUUCGAUGUCCCACCCCGAAAAGAUCAUGGUCGUGGUGCCAGAAUUGGAAAAUUUGAUUAACGAUCAAAACCGUCUGAUUCUGACUCUCGCAAUCACAACUCUUCUCAAGACUAUGGGUCUGAGCUCUGCCGCUGGUAGCUCUCUGUCCACCGCCCUGGUGGACCGUCUCAUCUCCAAGAUGACAUUGUUGAUGGACGAGAUCACUGAGGAGUUCAAAAUCGUCAUCAUCGAGGCAAUCGAAAAUUUGACACUCAAAUUCCCGUCAAAGCAUCAACAAUUGGUGUCAUUCCUUACCGAUUUGUUGAGAGAAGAUGGGCUGUUGACACUUAAGCUGGCUGUGGUCGAUGCGCUUUUCGAUUUGAUUGCUUAUUUGGACGACUCGCUGGCUCAUCAACUUAUUUUGAUGAAUUUGUGUGAGUUUAUUGAGGACUGCGAGUACACUGAGUUGCUGGUUCGCAUUUUACAUUUACUCGGGCAGCAAGGCCCUCAAACUUCCAACCCCUCGUAUUAUAUUCGCCACAUUUACAAUCGCUUGGUACUUGAAAACUCGGUGGUGCGGUCGCUGGCGGUUGUAGCGCUUUCGAAGUUUGCUAUCGUAUGUGGGGGCUCUAUUGCUGCCAACAUCAAAACAUUGUUGACUCGCUGUCUUAAUGAUGUCGACGAUGAAGUCCGCGAUCGAGCUGCUAUUGCUCUUGGUAUGAUGAAACGAGCUCCCGAUGCCAAAAAAUUGUUGGUAUCUGAUGGCCAAUACGACCUCGGUGCCCUUGAGCUGAAGUUGUCGCUGUAUUUGUCGACAAAUGAUUUUACAAUCAAGUUCCCCAUUGAUGAGAUUCCCGUUUUGUCCGCUGAAGAAUUGAAACUGUUGGAAUACACCAAGAAGAUGAACAAACUUGAGGCGGUUGAUACCACUCAAGAAGCGUCGCCGGUUGAAGGACCUUCUGGCGCUGUCGCCGACAACGGUGCCGCCGCUGAUGCUCUCAAGCAACAGCAGUACGAAGCUGAAUUGUUUGCCAUUCCUGAGAUUGCUGCCUUUGGCAAAUUAUCUAAGUCGCUGUCCACUCCAAUCUACUUGACGGAAAAAGAGAACGAAUUUGUUGUCACUGCCGUCAAACACGUCUUUGCAGACGCGUCCAAGUUGGUCAUUCAAUACCAGGUGUCCAACACCCUUUCGAAUUGUCAAUUGGAGGAUGUGUCUAUUGUCGUGGAAUCAGACAAUGCUGCUUACGAAGUCGAAUUCAACGUCCCUGUACCCGAAAUUGGCCCCAACGGGCAAGGAGUGGUUUACGUGGCAUUGUCAGCACCCCUGCUUGAUCAAGAAGACGCAGAAGUUUUGGCAGCAUUUGGUAACACCUUGAUUUACACCUAUAAGGAGGUUGAUGACGGAGUUACUGACGACGGUUAUUCCGACGAGUAUCAAAUUGAGGACUUGGAAGUUUUGUCUGGUGAUUAUGUUACUCCGUUGUAUAAUUCGAACUUCACUUCUGUAUACGACCAGCUCUCCGUUGAUCUGGAUUCUACCGUUGUCACCAUCAAUGCAUCGAGUUUGGAUGAAGUUGUCACAAAACUCAAGAAUCAACUUUCUAUGAUGCCUUUAGAUGGCUCCGACUACGUACCUUCAGAUGCUGCGUCGCACGUAGUGAAGUUGUUGGGUAAGGACGUGUACGGUGGCAAGAUUGCUGCUGUAGUCAGGUUGGCUAAGACUGGUGGGAAGAUUGCAGCGAAGGUGGAAGCUCGCUCUGACACCCCUGGAAUGGCGGCGUUGGUUUGCAACAGUGUUUAG